GAAGUGGACUAAACCACCAAAGAUUCCCGCAGAUUCAAUAUCGAUGAUUGUCCCAAUGUUACAAAUGUGGCCCAACUAACCUAAACAUUUGUUUCAAUACGUUUUGGUGGGAUAUUUGAGACGAUAAUGCUGGAUGGUUGCACUCAUGAAAUUCACCAGAGAUAUAUGCAGGCUGUUGGGACUCGGGAGCGGCCCCCCUGUCCAGCAGCCGGAGGAGCAGAUGGACUGUGGUGCCGCAACCUCUGACCCUAGUGAUGAUGCCGCUUUGUCACAGGAUACAUUAAAUGGAGAGGAGGAUCUGAGUGAGGAGGAGAAGGUCAGACGAAGGGCAGAGCGACGCAAAGCCAAGAGGAAGCGCCGUCGAAAACGUAAGAAGCAGGAGCAGGUGAAGCCUAAUGAGAGUGCUGAACGGGACGAUGAAGACGAGGAUGGGGGUGCAGAAUCUGAACUGGAUGACAGCGAUUCAGAAGCAGAAGUUGGUGCUGAAGAGGAGAAAGAAGGAGUGCAGGAAGAGGAGAAAAAUAACACAAAAUCAGCUGCGUCACAAAAGAACGUCGGCAUUCCUGUCAUGGCUCCUUCGGGACUUAAAGAACAACUGAAGAUCCAAGGCCGACCUGCUGAAGAGGAGCCCGAGUGGGAUGUGAGCAGUGCCUUUGUUGCUAAUGCUGCUAGCCAUAUCAAACCCAAAGGAUCAAGUCGCAAGUCCAAAGAAAACAAGGAGAACGAGACCAGGAGAGAGACAAAUGGAACUGACACCAUGACAAAGAAAAGCGCGUCGCUGACAGAAAAAGGCAUAAAACUGGUGCAAGAGGGGCAGUACACACAAGCUGCCAGUAUGUUUACAGAAGCCAUCAAAUGUGAUCCAAAGGAUUACAGGUUCUUUGGGAAUCGUUCCUAUUGCUAUUACUGCUUGGAGCAGUACCCUCAGGCCUUGGCAGACGCUGAACGCUCCAUUCAGCUGGCCUCAGACUGGCCCAAAGGAUACUUCCGUAAGGGCAGUGCUCUAAUGGGCAUGAAGCGGUACAGUGAGGCAGAGAAGGCCAUGGAGCAGGUGCUGAAACUGGACAAAGACUGUGAGGAGGCUGUCAAUGACCUCUUUAACUGCAAAGUGCUCCAGUUAAUGGAGCUUGGUUUUGAAGAAAUGCAAAGUGUUUUACUGCUGGAAAAAUCUUCGACUGUGCAGGCUGUUCUGGCCUCUUGUUCUGACGCCUCCAGAGCUGGGGGCCAAGAGGUUUUGCAACCAGGAAGCCCUUGCCCGUCUCUGUGGGUGGGAAAUGUGACCACUGAGCUAACUGAGAAACACCUUUGGGACCUUUUUAAAAUGUUUGGUGAGAUAGAGAGUAUCCGAGUUCUGCAUGAGAGAUUCUGUGCCUUUGUCAACUUCAAGAAUGCAAACAUGGCAGCUCGUGCCAUGGAGAAACUAAAUGGUCAUUGUAUUGAGAACACACGUUUAGUCGUGCGCUACCCUGACCGGCGCACUCAGAAGGUCCUUCCCAUCCCACUAAAGACCUGUCUGCCUGUCACACAGCAGGCAGAAGCAGCGGCAGGACCUCGACGACGGGGCCCAGUGAACGGAGACGAGUGUUACUUCUGGCGAACCACCGGCUGCCAUUUUGGGGACAAAUGUCGCUACAAACACAUUCCUGAUCAGAAAGGCAAGGACAGGAAGCCCUGGCAGCCGUGAACUCAGCUUACUCUCUGCCUCAGUAUUGUGCAGGAAACUGGGAUGCACAGACUGAGCCAAAGGAGCCGGUACUGACAGGACCAGUUUCUCUGGGCUCAAAUAUUUUCUGUAGGAGAACGGACCAGAAUAGUGAAAAGGAUCAGAGCCAGCACCCAGGCUCAAAGGCAGAGAUAGUCACACAAUGCCAAAUGAAUGCAAGUAUUAAGGUUUUUAUCUGAUCUAAAGACUUUACUCAACAAUAUUUCUCGACAGUACAAAUUCAAUUAGAAGGUAGCCUCAAAUUGACCUGGUGUAGUUUUUGUUAGGAAUAAAAACCUUUGUAUUAGCAGCCUUAAACAGCACAUGUUGACCUGUUCCAGCUUUAAGGGAUACGACCGAACCUCACAGGCAUACAACCUAAGGAGGAAGUGAAACCGUCAUGUACAGUAGAUACAAAAGAACUUUUAAGGGCCUUGGUUCCUCAGAUGAUUCUGGGAUCCUUCCUUCUUUGUCGUCACACCUCCUUAUUUUUAAGUACAGUAACUCAACCAAUUAUUUAACUUGCAGUUUGUUUCAUCAGUUAUGGUUUAUCAAUAGCCAACAACGUUUCCCACUUGGUGUUCCUCUCUCAAUUUCAGCACAUUGUUGGUCAGACCAAAGACUUACCAACAGAUGUACUAGACAUGUCAGUAGCUCUUCUAUGCAGAUGUGGUUCUUUAAGCAAAAAAAACUAGACAGAGAGAGACAGUUUAUAAUGUGCUAUGUAGCCUUGGUUAAGAGGUGCAUACAUGGGUAAAUAGACAUAAGAAAACCAAAAUGUAUUUUAUUGCAAACAUAAGGUGUAUAUUUCACUUUAUCUAUUGGCUUCCCUUUUCUUUAAAGAUUGAAUACACACUCGCAUGUCAGUUUAGAUGUCUGUGCCUGUUAUGAAGAUGGAGGACUGAAUUUAUAACCCUACUUGUAUGGCGUUGAAUUAGUGUAGAACACAUGACCACUUAAUGUCUAUGCAAAAGUAACGUGCCAACUUGGGUGUCAAUUCUGUGUCUUAGACAUACAAACACUUACUAAAUGUCUAGAGCAAUGUCAUUGAUUAACAAGUUCAUACAACAAAACAGUGCCUUACAAAAAGAAAUGUCUGGUCAUGUGUAACAUGAUCCACUUACAGAACUUUUGAAUCCUGAGAAGCAGUGUUUUUGACCUAAGGGACUCUAUUUCAGUAUUUCAGUGAACCAAAGAGUGCUAUGUCUGAUGGCUCUGCACUGAAACAGUCUGUUCUUUCAUAGGUGUCAACACUAGGCAGUGCAUUCAAACCCAUUAGCAUGUCUGUAUCAUCCACUAGAUAACAAUAACAGCUGGUUAAAGUCAACACUACGUUCACUAGUAAAUUAUGCACAGCAUAGUUAGAGUAUUUAUUUCCCUAUUUAUACAGAAGUUUGUUUUUCUUUUCCUUUUUUACAACAUAACUUGCUGGCUGGAUACAGCCUUCCAUUUACUGGCCUUUUAGUAAUUUGAAAGGUCUUGUGUUCUUUAUGGCUUUAAAAGGCAAACAUUAUUAAGAAACCCUUGGUGUCACACAAUCACAUGCUGCACUUCUGCUUUUAUUGUUGCUGAUACUUGUGAAAAAGGAAUUGAACCCAAAACCUUAAGUCUGCACUUGAUUUAACCAACAUGCUAAUGUUUUUGUGACUGGUGCUGUUAACUCUGGUUGUGCAGUGAAUUUAAUUUUGCAGACUUACAAUGCAUUCAAUGUUACAAAAGCAUCAUUUAAUUUCAUCUUGUAGACAUUUCAAGAUUGUAGAGAAGAUUUCUUGGGUUUAUUUGAGCUAUUUUGUAUGUUUUUUUUAGGCUUUUAACCUUUUUUCAAAUUAUUUCAGGAAAAAUGCAAUUUGAAUCACGAUGUAAACAUUAAUAACCAGAGCACUGCAAUCUUGUUAAUCUUCCAAAUAUUUUGUAUUAUCAUUACUGCACUGCAAAAAAAGAGUCUUUUAUAUUUAAUAAAUGUAUUUGAACCAUC